CUGCGACGGCGCUUUGGCAGUUGCUGCAGGUGACUGAGCCGCCGCCUCGUCGAGCCGGUCCGCCCGCCCGUCCGCCCGCUCUCGAGUCCGGCAAGUUGCGCGGCGGAGGGUGAGAGACAGAAUGAGCGCGCCAGGGCCUCUACCCACCGCAAAUGGACUCCAGACUCAUGCGCCACCCUAUGCAUCUGGCUUACGUGGGACCUGGGAAGUCCAAGCUGGAUUCUUAGGCUAAGCAGAGCUUUUGGAGUUGAUAAUCAUCAUGGCUAGGUAUUAGCAGAUACAUGUAUGUGGAAAUUUGCAUUUGAAAAUGGAAGAGGGACACAACAAUGAAGAGGUCAUUCACUUAAACAACUUUCACUGCCACCGAGGACAAGAACCAAGAGAAGACACCCACAUGGCUUGGAAAGGACAGAAAAGAAAGUCCAAAGAGCUCCUGCCACGUGGAGAAAGAGCCCGUGUGGAAAACUGGAUAGGUCUCAGAGAUGGGCCCAUCACCAUAUCUGACUCCUCUGAUGAGGAAGGAAUACCAAUGCUAGUCACCCCAGCCACUCAGCAACAUGAAGAUGAUCUGGAUGAUGAUGUCAUCCUGGCAGAGACACAUAGACCUCAGACAUCCCGACCCAAUCUCAUCAAACCAGCUGCCCAGUGGCAGAAUCUGAACAGAUUGCGAGAAGAAAGGCCUAAAAAGUCUAGAGCAGACUAUGAAGCAGAUAUACACAGAUAUUUUUCCUUGUGUAACAACUCGUUGUUUGGUUCUGGGGCACAGGAUGAUUCUGAGGAUGAGUACGGUGAAUUUCUGGAUCUUGAACCUCCUGGACUCUCUGAAUUUGCUAAGCCAAGCGGCCAAACAGAGAGAGAGCCCAAACCUGGGCCAAGUCAUAACCAGAUAGCAGAUGACAUUGUCAAUUCCAGAUCUGAGCAGAAAGUCAUUAUAUUGGGAGACAGCAGCCUUCUUUUCCCAGAAAGUGAUGCUUUGGAAACUCAGAACCAAUUAUCUGAAGACUCAGAGGCAGAGGUCUUGUCAAAUAUUCAAGAACCAGUUGCCUCAGUAGACCAGGUAAUUGAGGAAGAAUACUGGCUUGAUCAUCCAUACUUCCGGGCACUCAACCAACAACCUCUGGAGAGAACAAACCAGGUUGUCCCUCAAGAGCGGCAUUCUGAAUCAGAAAUGGGCCCCUUUUUCUUUCGGCAUGAAUUUCCAGAGCCAGCUUUUCCAAGGACAGAACCCCAGCAGGAGGGGCUUCCAGGCCCUGCUUCUCCUCAGCCAGCUCAUCCUCUAGGAGAACUUGAAGACCAGCAGUUAGCAAUCGAUGAAGAACCAGGGCCAGCCUUCCCCCUCCCAGGAUCUCAGGAGGACAAUUUGGAAAACCUUUGGGGUCAAGAAACUGCUGAGGUAGAUCAAGAACUCAUUGCACUGUUAGUCAAAGAAACUGAAGCAAGAUUUCCAGAUGUAGCAAAUGGAUAUGUUGAGGAGAUAAUUCACUUGAAAAAUUAUUAUGAUUUGAAUGUACUUUGUAAUUUUCUUUUGGAAAACCCAGAUUAUCCAAAGAGAGAAGACCGAAUUAUGAAUCCUAGCAGCAGCUUGCUCACCAGCCAGGAUGACACAAAGUUGCCUAAAAUAGACUUCUUUGACUAUUCCAAACUGACUCCUCUUGACCAGCGCUGCUUCAUCCAAGCUGCUGACCUCUUGAUGGCUGACUUUAAGAUGCUCAGCAGCCAGGACAUCAAGUGGGCCCUGCAUGAACUCAAAGGACACUAUGCAAUCACCCGAAAGGCCUUUUCUGAUGCCAUUAAAAAAUGGAAGGAGCUAUCACCUGAAGCCAGUGGAAAAAGGAAAAAGAGGAAAGAAAUGAAUCAGUAUUCUUUCAUAGAUUUCAAAUUUGAACAAGGUGACAUAAAGAUAGAAAAGAGGAUGUUCUUUCUGGAAAACAAGCGUCGACAUUGUAGGUCCUAUGACCAGCAGGCCCUCCUUCCAGCUGUGCAGCAAGAGCAGGAGUUCUAUGAGCAGAAAAUCAAAGAGAUGGCAGAGCAUGAAGACUUUCUGCUUGCUGUGCAGAUGAAUGAAGAACAAUAUCAAAAGGAUGGCCAGCUGAUUGAAUGCCGCUGCUGCUAUGGAGAGUUUCCAUUUGAGGAGCUGACACAGUGUGCCGAUGCUCACUUGUUCUGCAAAGAAUGUCUCAUCAGAUAUGCCCAAGAGGCAGUCUUUGGAUCUGGAAAGUCAGAGCUCAGCUGUAUGGAAGGAAGUUGCACAUGUUCCUUUCCAACCAGUGAACUGGAGAAGGUGCUUCCUCAGACUGUUCUGUAUAAAUACUAUGAGCGGAAAGCGGAAGAAGAAGUCACUGCAGCCUAUGCUGAUGAGCUUGUCAGGUGCCCCGCCUGCAGCUUUCCUGCUUUGUUGGACAGUGAUGUGAAGAGGUUCAGCUGCCCCAAUCCUCGAUGCCGGAAAGAGACCUGUAGGAAGUGUCAGGGACUCUGGAAAGAACAUAAUGGCCUCACGUGUGAAGAGCUGGCUGAAAAGGAUGACAUCAAGUACCGGACGUCUAUUGAAGAGAAAAUGACUGCUGCCCGCAUUAGAAAGUGCCACAAGUGCGGGACUGGCCUCAUCAAGUCGGAAGGCUGCAACCGCAUGUCUUGCCGCUGUGGUGCCCAGAUGUGCUACCUCUGUCGCGUGCCCAUCAACGGCUAUGACCACUUUUGCCAGCAUCCUCGCUCUCCAGGAGCCCCUUGCCAGGAGUGUUCAAGAUGUUCUCUCUGGACCGACCCUACUGAAGAUGAUGAGAAGCUGAUCGAGGAAAUCCAGAAGGAGGCUGAAGAAGAGCAGAAAAGGAAGAAUGGAGAGAACACCUUCAAACGCAUCGGCCCCCCACUGGAGAAGCCACCUGAGAAGGUGCAACGUGUGGAAGCCCUGCCGCGGCCUGUCCCACAGAACCUACACCCGCAAAUGCCACCCUAUGCCUUCGUGCACCCACCCUUCCCCCUGCCACCCGUAAGGCCUGUGUUCAAUAACUUCCCACUCAACAUGGGCCCUGUUCCUGCACCCUACGUGCCCCCCCUGCCCAACAUGCGCAUCAACUAUGACUUCGGACACGUUCACGCACCCCUGGAGCACAACCUGCCCAUGCACUUUGGCCCCCAGCCCAGGCAUCGCUUCUGACGCCUGGGGUCCUGGCCUUCUAAAUGGGGUGGAUGGCAGUUGCUCGCUUCUCCUCAAGGACGGGACUGUGUUCCUCUUCUCCCUCCUUGGCAAGGGCCACUACUCCAAGGCUGCUGCCCUCUGGGUCCCCGUAAGGGGAUCCAUCUGGCUCUCCCCACUUGUAUCAUCUGAGUGGCCUUAGCCAUGAAGUGGGCCCUGAGAACAUUUGCCUCGCCACCUCCCCUGGCAGAUUAUGGAAAACCAGUAGGGGCUGUAGACCAUCCCCAUCCUGGACACAUUGCCAUGAGGCCCCCCUCCCCUGGCCAGGGCAUUCUUCCCUUCCUGCCCUAGGUCCACUCAGGUCAAAGGGCCUCAGAGAAUGGUCCAUGUUGCAGGUUUUGUUGUUAUCUGAAGUAAUUGAUCCUGUUCACAUACAUUUAGAUUAAAAUUUUCUGUGGCUUACUA